CUCGGCGAGAGCGCGCCCAGCCCCGCCGCGAUGCCCGCGCGCCCCGGACGCCUCCUCCCUCCGCUGCCGCGGACGCUGGCCCUGGCCGCGCUGCUGCUUCCGCUGCUGCUGGGCGAUGGCGGCGGCGGGCGCCGGGGCGCCUGGGCGCAGGAGCCGGGCGCGGGCGGGCCCCCGGAGGCGGACGGCGGGGCCGAGGAAGACCCGCACGCCAAGCACCUGUACACGGCCGACAUGUUCACGCACGGGAUCCAGAGCGCCGCGCACUUCGUCAUGUUCUUCGCGCCCUGGUGCGGACACUGCCAGCGGCUGCAGCCAACAUGGAACGACCUGGGAGACAAGUACAACAGCAUGGAAGAUGCCAAGGUCUUCGUGGCUAAAGUGGACUGCACGGCCGAGUCGGACGUGUGCUCUGCUCAGGGGGUGCGAGGAUACCCCACCUUGAAGUUUUUCAAGCCUGGCCAAGAAGCUGUGAAGUACCAGGGUCCUCGGGACUUCCAGACACUGGAGACCUGGAUGCUGCAGACCCUGAACGAGGAGCCCGCCACCCCAGAGCCAGAAGUGGAACCGCCACGAGCGCCGGAGCCGGAGCAGGGGCUGUACGAGCUCUCAGCCAGCAACUUUGAGCUGCACGUCGCACAGGGCGACCACUUUAUCAAGUUCUUCGCUCCAUGGUGUGGUCACUGCAAAGCUCUGGCUCCAACCUGGGAACAGCUGGCUCUGGGCCUUGAACAUUCUGAAACUGUCAAGAUUGGCAAGGUUGAUUGUACGCAGCACUAUGAACUCUGCUCAGGAAACCAGGUUCGGGGCUACCCUACUCUGCUCUGGUUCCGAGAUGGCAAAAAGGUUGAUCAGUACAAAGGAAAGCGGGAUUUGGAGUCGCUGAGAGAGUACGUGGAUGCACAGCUGCAGAGUACAGAGGGGGACGCCCCAGAGACCAUCAAGCCUUCCGAGGCCCCAGUGCUGGCCAUGGAGACCACGGCUGAUAAGGGCAUCGUGUUGGCGCUCACAGAAAGUAACUUCGAUGACACCAUUGCAGAAGGAAUAACCUUCAUCAAGUUUUAUGCUCCGUGGUGUGGUCAUUGUAAGAAUCUGGCUCCUACUUGGGAGGAACUCUCUAGAAAGGAAUUCCCUGGUUUGGCAGAGGUCAAGAUCGCUGAAGUGGACUGUACCGCUGAGCGGAACGUUUGCAGCAAGUACUCGGUACGAGGAUAUCCCACACUGUUGCUUUUCCGUGGAGGAGAAAAAGUCAGCGAGCACAGUGGAGGCAGAGACCUUGACUCGCUGCACCACUUUGUUCUGCGCCAGGCAAAAGAUGAACUGUAAAGACCCAGGUGGGAGUCGCCUCUACUGCCUGGCCUCCUGUGCCCAGCGCAGGAGCUAAGUCAUGUGGGUAAUGCUGAGUUUCAAACGGUGGUUUUUCAGAGAGCUGAAUGUACUCAACUUGUGGUAUCUUCUUUGUGUGUGUGUGUGCGUGUGCUUGUGUGUAUGUGUGUGUUUAAGCCAACACACUCUACUGAUUCUUUAUUAAGUUUCUCUAAGUAAACAUGUAACUCAUGAUUCCUUUGCAAACCAAAUAUUUUCAGUGGCGAUCUGUCAUCCCCUUUAACCUUCUCUUGAUGAAAUCUAAAUGGUUUCCUUUGAGACUAAAAUAGAGUUGAGGAAAAUCAAAUUGCUGGACUAUUUUUGGCUCCUGAAUGAUUUUGGUGAAAACAUCAUCGAAUGCAGAGUUUGUGAACUGCCCACGAGGUCAGGAAAGGUGGCCUUGUGGCGGUACUGAUGUUCCUCUGAUCUGAAGGUCACAGUUGACCUAUUAAUAAUGUGGUUUGUCUGUAGCCUGGAGCAGAUUUAAAAACAAAAACCCCACACCUCUGGAAGGUACCUUCAUGGCCGCUCUGGGUUUUCUGUCUCUGUUACUACUUCUCUCAUUGUGAGAGGUUAGCCAUAAUGUAUGCAGUGGUACUUUUAACACGUGCCUAAGUAAGAUAAUGCCAAUGCCAUAAUUUUAUGUGUGUGUCGAUGAUUGUCAAAUCAGUUAACUAUUCAAGGGAUACCUCCGUUUAUUUCUUGUGGGUGAAAGAGUUGAUUAGUUAUGUUAGCCAGAGUCCAUGUGAACUUUAAGACUUGAUCUCCCAUGGAAAAUGUGGACAUGGAAAGUUCCACAAGGCUUGUUCAGACUGUGCUGUUAACUCCUAGAUUCUGGCUGUAUUUGCCACCUGGGGCCGGAGGACUGGAUGAGCUAUCUCAGGUCUGGGUACCAGGGGCCCUAAGUGGAAGCAGCUUCAGACUGUGCUCCCAAGUAGUGUUGUAGAGGCUUUACCAUACUUGGUCCGCCUCUGAGGAGAUCGACGUGUUGCUGUAUGAAGAGUGGCAUUAACCUGACCUCAAGACCAAAAACUGAAGUUGGCAGAGCUGUGUCAGGGCUAAAGUAUGCCAGGCUGCUGUCGAUGCUAGCAUCUUUAUAAUUCAUGCCAUCCUGGUUAUUACAUAUUUACCAUCACCCUUGGAAAUAAGCGGCAGUGGGACUAGGCUCUCUGGAGAUAUGCACUUUACCAUUGGGUUCCUUCUUGUAAUCCGCCCUCUGUGGCUGACACUCAUCACCCCACCUCCUGUGCUCAGAGGGGUGUGAGCCCUUGGCACAGUAAUGGUGGUAGGAAUCUUAGAAAUAGACCACCUCCACCAUCUGCGGCAGAAGACAACAGAGCAGGAUCUCAACCAGCCUCUGCCUUAAAGGAAAUCUUUAUUAAUCAUGUAUGGUUCACAGAUGUUCUUUUAAAAAAUCUCAACUUUCUAAAGAAGCACAAUCCUCAAGAGUGGCUUCAGCUUUGCAUCAUGAGUCUUGUAAUAAAGAAAAUCAAAGUGGUACAAUUUGUUUACACUAUGAUACUUUCUAAAUAAACUCUUUUUUUAAAAAAA